UUUCGUGCAGUUGUGUUGACAGCGUAGUUUAUGCUACGCCUGUCGUGGCCGAUCUGAAAGGUUCGAUGUUUUUGGUAUUUGAGAACACUUCAGUGCCUGCAUGAAAUCUACCGUUUCCUGGGCUGGGCUGCUAGCAAACCUGAGUAUCACAUCGAGAUGCCUUAGCUGUUGUUCCCCUACUACCAGUACUACUGAGUCCGACGCUGCCGGUAUCGUAGGCCGCGACAAGUAAUAAUUGGUUGGUAUCGAAGAACAGCUCGCACUCAGCGAGCGUCCGAAUUUCAGCUACCAAACAUGUCCGAUCACUGUGCUGGAGACGACUCGUCACAAGCAGCUUCAUUUUCUCAGACAAGUGGCAAACCAAUGCACCCACCGAUCGAUAUCAAAGGCAGUCUUGCAGCAACGCGACGGGAGGCGCACUUUGCCGCUUCGAGAGAUCAUGGAGCUGCUCAACCGACAGCCAGUGGCGGCGACGAGACGGACGGUGGACUGCCUUCAAAGAUGAGCUGGGAACAGGACGGAGUGGCAGAGCUACAGCACGCCAUCACUAGCUGCGGGCCAUCUGACUUUCCCUCGCCGAACAGCCCUUCAUUUGAAGUAAUCAGUGACAGUGAAAUACAACUGGCACCUGCACUGGCUAAACUCAGGAAAUACAAAGAAGAAGACCUGGUGAAUGCAUUUACCCAAGUGUCCAUGAGUGAUGAGGAGCUGGUAGAUAUGCCUAACCCGAAUGCACUGGCAGCAAUGGAAGCCACCACGGGUCACAUCGCGGAGAGCCUGCAUCACAUGAUGGGAAGCAUCACUGCCAACUUACAUGCUAUUUCUGGCAAAACCCGGGUCUGUGUUGGUGCUUACGGUGGUGCCGUUGAUGACCUUGGUGAUAAUGUGGAUGAAACCAUUCAGAUGAUGUAUCAGCUUAUAAUGUACUGCGAGAAAAUCUCACAGAACAUGCAGUAUGUGUAUGCACUGUCCGAUCAACUGAGGAGCAUCAAGGCGACGUUGGCUGUGUUUGAGAAAAUGGUGAAGUAGCGCACCGACAGGCUACCAUUGUUGUGCCUCGAAGCUGAUUUGCAAUAGUGGAAUUGCCAUCUUGGCUACACGGUGACGAUGCUCGGGUAUCUGCUGCUGUCACGCGCACCGCAAAGCUUCCAGCAGCAUACUGAACAUCCGCUUGAUUAUGAGUCGAAUUGGGUGAUGCAUUGGUGCAGCAUAUUGAUCACAGCAACAUGCUGAUUGCCUAUCGAUGGAUUCCGAAUCACAGAGUGCGCACGCUCGUAACAGUGGUGUUAAGCUCCAGUGGCAUGCGAGGCUACACGGAGGAUUGUUGCAAUCAGGAUCAUGUUGCUACAUGUUCUUGCAACUCGGUGACUCAGUCUCUGGUAGGGACUGUAAGUGUAACUCAAUUUCAAGCGGAUGCUGGGCACCUUUCAGGACCUUUGCAUUUGCUUCACUGAGUGUGCGAAAGGAGCCAGUUCUAAACAGCCCCACAAGCAUGUGCAUACAGUCACGUUCUGUACGAAAAAGAGUGAUUGAUCUGACAUAGCCGAUUGCUCUUUUUGCUAAGAUGAGACGUUUGAUAUGGGGACUAUGUGACCCGGUUUCCAGGUGGCUCUGCUCUUGCUGGAUCAUGGAUUGUGAGUAUGAGGAGCAUGUUGCUGUUUCUUCAGAUCGAUCAGUGACUCGACAUCUGAACAGGAUUACCGGUACUUCACGUAGCAUGUGAAGUUGUGAACCAUAAUAUUAUUAUGUCUCUAUUUUCCUUGAAAGUAUUUUUUAAAAGUCUUUUUUCAGAACUAUGUAAGUCUUGUAUAUCCAAUUUUGAGUAGAUUAAGAUAUUGUAUUCUACACUGACUAAUCCUACUUCCACAGCAAUCAUUCACUAAAGUUUUCUGCCCUCCUAUGCCAACUCACUGAGUGCAGAUUUCCCACCGUUGCAUCAUAACCAAAUACCUGUGUCUCGGCCCGUUUUACAUGUAUACCCUGUUGUUCUUUUAGUCCGUUUGGACGCUUCCGGCAGCUUCCUAUCAGAAACAAAUUAUUUUGGGUAAACCACCGCCACUCCAAUUCUCGCUGCCAUUCACUACUGGGUAAGCCGAUGAUUCUGUUUUCCUUCCUAAUUCUUGCUGUGAUUCUUGAGACAACUAUGGCGUUUUCUAGAAAUACAUAGCGCCGUUAUGA